AUGGAUCCGCAGCAGCAGUACAUCGCACAAGUCAAGGAAGAAUACGAUGAGCUUGGCAUCUGGGUGCCGGUGAACGAAGAGCAAGAACCUGCUGAGAGCGUGGCCACUGCUGUCCCUAAAACUGAGCCGACUGAUCAAACCACAACCACCCACAACAAACCAAAGAAAGCCAAGAAGUCCAAGAAGGCCAAACGAACCGAUCCUCUGACCAAGAGAGAACAGCAUGUCCAGCGUCUCGAGGCGAUGAAUUCCCGGCUCCGCAAAGACCUCAGAGAGGUCCGCGACGGAACAAGAGUGCAGCAGAUGAAAGACCUCGAGAGUCAAGUCCUCUUGCUGCAAGAAGCCGUCGGACCAAACAAAGCUAGCAUCAUCAAGGACUUGAAGCUAGAAAAUCUGCAACUACAGAAGAAGGUCGAGAAUCUGCAGCGAGAGGUCAAGAACGCAGAGCGAGACGUUCGAGCUCACAACAACAGCAUUGAGAAUAGAGAGGAGAAGGUUGUGCUCAAAGGACGAGGCCACAAACUUGCGCAGGCAAAAGCCCAAAGCGAUCUAGCAGUCCGUAAUCUAAAGAAGCAACUGAAACAGGAGCAAAAGACCAGAAAGAGAGUGGAGGAUCGCUGGCGUCAGGCUGAGGCGCGCUUCGCACGCUUUACGGGUCCCGAGGGACAUGGGGCUGAGAUGACUGAAGAGUUGCUUAACGAAGAAGAGGUCAUCGAACAAAAUAUCGUCAAGGAUGAAGAGUCGAUGGUGGUUGAGUGA